CUGGUGGCAGGUGAGGGAGCUGCCAUCGCUUCGUACGUGCAGGAGGGGAAGCGCAUCCCGCGACGAGGAGAGGUUGGUCUCAAGGCCGACGAGAUCGAGAGCUUCGAGACCGAAGGCUUCGUCAUGAGCGGCUCCCGCCACAAGAGGAUGAACGCCGUUCGUAUCAGGAAGGAGAACCAGGCGAUCCUCCAGGUCUACUCCGCAGAGGAGAAGCGCGCUCUGGCCAUGUUCAACUUCGAGGAGCGACAGCAGCGCGAGAAUCGGAUCCUCGCAGACUUCAAGUCCAUGAUGGCGGUACGUCAUCUCAUCCUCUCCUGCUCCUCCUUGCUCCUCAUCCUCACCCAGGGCAAGUUCGCCGGUGCCACCUCGAACCCGUGA